AUGGCAUCGCUAGAAGACCUAAAAAACAUCUUGAAAGAAACCUUAGAAUCAAAGGGAGUGCUAAAUGACAUCAGAGCAAAGAUAAGAGCAGAGGUAUUUACUGCUUUAGAUUCAGAAAAUACUGGAAAGCCUCAGCUAUCCAAUGAAAAUCUAAUCAUAAAUGAAAUGAUCAGAGAGUAUUUAGAGUAUAACAGAUAUUAUAAUUCUAUGUCUGUUCUUAUGACUGAAUCUGGGUAACCUCAUGAACUGCCUUUUGACAAGGAGUAUUUGCAUAAAAAGUUUUCUAUUUCUCCAAGUAAGCAGCCUGAACUUUUAUUUGGCUUGAAAUAAAAUGAGCAAUAUGAAGACUAUGGUGAGUCACUGAGUAAUGACAGAGAAAUGAUGGGUACCAGAGAACCUAAAUCAAUUAGCUUUAAAAAGCACUGA